AUGAAUCUGCCGGCUGAUGCGGCUGAUAUAUUGAUCACGAAAAUGCGGACCAGAAUUUUCGUGGAGACGAAAAAUUUGGUGAAAAAAGAUCUUGGAGAGGUAUGUAGUAGUUUGUCGGGUCCUUCUUGCCACUUCGAACGGGUGGGUGGAAACACUAGGAAAACUAGCAGGGAAACGACGCUAGUUGGUGGAGUUAUUCCGGAUCAUUAUAUCAGCGACUCGCCAGGGUUCGAUGCGUUAGCUGCGGCAAUGCCGUAUGAUGUGUGGGAAUUCGAUCCGACGAGUCUUCCUGAUUUGUUGCUACCUCCUCCCGUUGAGAAGUACGAGGGCAAAAUGCUAGAUUUGAAGCAACAAGCUGUCGGGCGACGGGGGAGAUGGCUCGUGGAUGAUUCUUAUCGAGCGGAGAAGGGAACGUCAUUGCCCACAUAUAUUCGAUUUUCGAAACCAGUGUUAGCUCGAAAAAUAUGGAUAGAAUUGGAUUCGCCGAUUCCAGAGGAGACAGUUAAUGUUAAAGGGGAGAAAGAAAAGGAAAAAGUGGGAAAAAAGAGGAGAAAACAACAGGCUGCGAUUGUGAUUCUGCGGAGAGGAACGGAGACUGUUUGGUCCAGUAGAAUGCUCAUUGGAUCGACGACUGUUGAUUUGCAUGAUGCGAUUAGUGGUGGAUACGAAUUAGAGUUUGGCAAUUCGACUGGCGGGCCGCUGACGGUAGCUGAGACCGUUUUAGGUGAUGAAUCGAAAUCGAUUAUCACGUCGCAUUUGCUGAAGUUGUUGGCGGCGAAUGACGAAAUUCCACUAGAGUUGCGGAGAGAAUUGGAAGGCAGAAAAGAUGAAGUUGAGGAGUUAGCACAUAGAGUGCUAACUAGAAUAAUGAUGUUGGCUAACAUUACUGUCAAGUUGUCGAGGAUGCGAUAG